AUGCUCACCAUCAAAGGCAAGCUGGACCAGCCUCCGCCAUUUGAGGGCAAGGAACCUCCCGUUAUCGCUCGACACCCACGAGACGGCAAAUGGCACUUCCUGAACCUGGAGCUGGGAAUCAUGCACCAGGACAUCACACCCCGAAAUAUCUUCAUCGACCCCGACACUCAGGGAACCCGUCUCGUCGACUUUGACUGGGCCGCACAGGGUAAAGUAGGACUGAGGGGUCGGCGCGAUGAUGUUACCGGAGUCAUCUACACCCUCUACGAAAUCAUCACUGGAAACAACGAAUACACGGGAAUCCACUACUGGGAACGGGACGACAAAGAGGUGCAGAAUCUGCUUGAAUGGCCGGUCCGCCGCGAGCUCGAUAGGGACGUGUCCGCUUUCCCGCAAUUUACUGAACGAAUGCGCGGUGAAGCGCAAAUCCGAGGGCGACAUCGACCUCUAUCUGAGCGUGCCUCAGCUCUGCGAAUGGCCCGAUAUGCAGGAAGCUAA